AUAUAUAAACACACAUACCCUUCACUGCAACUGACCUCCCCAUAUCUUUCAUUCUCUCUUCACUCUGAGAAAAUGUAUCCACUAAUCACGAAACCUUUCUUCUCCUUCUUCUUCUUCAUGCUCUGCAACUCACUGUCUCUCUCAUCUUCUUUCUCUCUCCACGUCCCUCUCACCUCUCUCCGCCUGUCUCCGACCAACUCCUCCGCCUACGAAACCUCUCUUGUCUCAGGCCAAAACCCUCGCCGGAGAACAACUCCGCAGCCGUCGUCUCCGUACAGUUUCCGGUCAGACUUCAAAUACUCGAUGGCUCUCAUCGUGUCUCUCCCCAUCGGAACUCCUCCACAGACCCAACAGAUGGUUCUCGACACCGGGAGCCAACUCUCAUGGAUCCAGUGCCACCGGAAACAGAGACCAGCUCCGCCGCCUCCGACAACCUCGUUCGAUCCGUCGCUGUCUUCGUCCUUCUCCGUUUUGCCGUGUUCUCAUCCACUCUGCAAACCACGAAUUCCCGAUUUCACCCUCCCCACGUCCUGCGACUCCAACCGCCUCUGCCACUACUCCUACUUCUACGCCGAUGGGACCUUCGCCGAGGGCAAUCUCGUCAGAGAAAAAUUCACCUUCUCAAAUACCCAAAGUACCCCUCCUUUGAUCCUCGGUUGCGCCACUGAGUCCAGCGACGACAGGGGUAUUUUGGGAAUGAACCAUGGACGUCUCUCCUUCAUCUCUCAGGCAAAGAUAUCCAAGUUCUCAUACUGUAUCCCGACUAGGUCGUCGACCCGACCCGGAUCCGAGCCAACCGGGUCGUUUUACCUGGGCGAUAACCCGAACUCUCGUGCGUUCAAGUACGUGUCGCUGUUGACUUUUCCUCAAAGUCAACGCAUGCCGAACCUAGACCCACUUGCUUACACUGUUCCAAUGCAAGGGAUCAGAAUCGGACCGAAGAAACUGAACAUAUCGGCUUCGGUUUUCCGGCCAGACGCAGGCGGGUCGGGUCAAACCAUGGUCGACUCGGGAUCCGAGUUCACUUAUUUAGUCGACGAAGCUUACGACAGAGUGAGGGAAGAGAUCGUGAGGCUUGUGGGGCCCAUGUUAAAGAGGGCUUACGUGUACGGUGGGUCUGCUGACAUGUGUUUUGUCGGAAACCCGAUUCAGAUCGGACGGUCCAUAGGCGAUCUCACCUUUGAAUUCGGGAGAAACGCUGAGAUCCUCGUGGAGAAAGAGAGGGUUUUGACCCACGUUGGAGGUGGGGUCCACUGUCUCGCAAUCGGACGGUCGAGCAUGCUUGGAGCAGCAAGCAAUAUAAUCGGUAACGUUCAUCAGCAGAAUCUCUGGGUUGAGUUCGAUGUGACCAAUAGGAGAGUGGGUUUUGGUAAGGCCGAUUGCAGCAGAUCAAUUUAGGAACAUUCAGAUAUCGCCACGUGUAAUGAUCUAAAAGAAUGAUCGGACGGUGUAUAUCAGUUUUGAUGUAGGGACUGUGGGUCCCAAAAGGACAUAGGUUCUUAAAGCAGAUGUGCAGGGGCAUUAAUGUAAUAUUAAUCAAGAAGGGUCACGUAUAUAUUAACUCGGUGUACCACCACCACCUGUAUAUUAAUUAUGUGGUCAAUAUAUCUUGUUACAAAUAUC